AUGGAUUUGGGGGCCAAUCAGCAGUACAGGAUCGGGCAACUGUACAUGAUCAGCAAGCACAGCCAUGAGCAGAGUGAGAAAGGAGAAGGAGUGGAGGUGGUGCAGAACGAGCCGUUUGAGGAUCCAACAUAUGGCCCUGGUCAGCUCACUGAGAAACGUGUCUAUCUAAACAACAAGCUGCCUAGCUGGGCCAGAGCCAUUGUUCCCAAGAUCUUCUAUGUGACGGAGAAGGCGUGGAACUAUUACCCCUACACUGUCACUGAGUACACCUGCUCCUUCUUGCCAAAGUUCAGCAUCCACAUAGAAACGAAGUACGAGGACAACAAUGGCUGUAAUGACAAUAUCUUUGAUGAGCCCAGAAGUGAGGACACGGAGGUGUGUUUUAUUGACAUUGCAUAUGAUGAAAUCCCUGAGCGCUACUACAAAGAAUCAGAGGACCUGCGCUAUUUUAAGUCAGAGAAGACAGCACGGGGUUCGCUACAGGAGGGCUGGAGGGACACGCAGGACCCCAUCAUGUGUUCUUACAAGCUGGUUACAGUAAAGUUCGAGGUGUGGGGGCUGCAGACCCGUGUGGAGCAGUUUGUACAGAAGGUGAUAAAGGAUGUACUGUUACUGGGCCACAGACAGGCUUUUGCUUGGGUGGAUGAAUGGAUAGACAUGUCAAUGGAGGAGGUAAGAGAAUAUGAACGCGCCACUCAGGAGGCCACCAAUAAGAAACUAGGCACGUUUCCUCCAGCCAUCUCAAUCAGUAAUACACCCCUACCAGCUUGUGCCCUCGGUGGACCAUCGAGUGCCCCCUCCACCCCUCUCUCCACUGAAGCUCCGGACUUCCUUUCCGUGCCCAAAGACAGGCCGCGGAAAAAAUCGGCGCCUGAGACGCUCACGCUACCCGACCCGGCGAGGAGAGACUCGGGCUACCGGCUGCCCAGCAUUUUUUUCUGGGGGUCCAGCUCCCGCCAGCCUGAAUGAUUUCUACGUGGUUGAAUUCUUUCACCAAUGCACCUGUCAGAACUGUGCCGGCCAGACGCACAUGGAGCAAGCCAGGAGAUAAAAACGUUCAACCUCAAUUAAGAUCUCAGUAGCCUGAGAGGAGCUCACGGUUUACAUGAACUCAGGAACUGUUUUAUUGUUCUGUUGGUUGAC